CGUUCCUCGGCGAGGUCGACGUGAUCCGGCGCGCGGCGGAGUGCACGCUGCUUGGCGCCGCGGCUGAUCCCGCCGCCGCCCCCGGGAGCCGCGAUGUUGGGCAGCUCCGCGCCGAAGCCCGCGGCCCGCGAGGCGGGCUCGGCCCUGCGAACCCUGCAGCAGGCGGGGCUCCAGGAGGACCAGGAGAACAUCAACCCGGAGAAGGCGGCGCCCGCCCAGCAGCCGCGGCCGCAGGCCGGGCUGGCGGUGCUGAAGGCCGGGAACGCGCGGUGUUCGGCGCCGCAGCAGAGGCCCAAGACGCGGCGGGUUGCACCUCUUAAAGAUCUUCCUGUCAAUGAUGAGAACGUUGCUGCUUUGCCGCCUUGGAAAGCAAACAGUAAACAGCCUGCCUUCACUAUCCACGUGGAUGAAGUGGAAGAGGACACUCAGAAGAGGCCAGCAGAAUCUACAAAGCCGGAGUGCCAAGAUGUCCUGGCUUUUAAUGCAGCUGUUGCUUUACCUGGACCGAGAAAACCACUGGUACCUCUAGAUUAUCCAAUGGAUGGUAGUUUUGAUUCGCCACAUACUAUGGACAUGUCCAUUGCACUAGAAGAGGAAAAACCAGUGAGUGUUAAUGAAGUGCCAGACUACCAUGAAGAUAUUCACACAUACCUUAGGGAAAUGGAGGUUAAAUGUAAACCUAAGGUGGGUUACAUGAAGAAGCAGCCAGACAUCACUAACAGUAUGAGGGCUAUCCUCGUGGACUGGUUAGUUGAAGUGGGAGAAGAAUAUAAACUGCAGAAUGAGACCCUGCAUUUGGCUGUGAACUACAUUGAUAGGUUCCUCUCCUCAAUGUCUGUGCUGAGAGGAAAGCUUCAGCUUGUGGGCACUGCUGCUAUGCUGCUAGCCUCAAAGUUUGAAGAAAUAUACCCCCCAGAAGUAGCAGAAUUUGUGUACAUUACAGAUGAUACAUACACAAAGAAACAAGUUCUGAGAAUGGAACACCUAGUUUUGAAAGUCCUUGCUUUUGACUUAGCUGCACCAACAGUAAAUCAGUUUCUUACCCAGUACUUUCUGCAUCAGCAGCCUGCAAACUGCAAAGUUGAAAGCUUAGCAAUGUUUUUGGGAGAACUAAGUUUGAUAGAUGCUGACCCAUACCUGAAGUAUUUGCCAUCAGUUAUCGCUGGAGCGGCCUUUCAUUUAGCACUCUACACAGUCACAGGACAAAGCUGGCCUGAAUCCUUAGUUCGAAAGACGGGAUAUACCCUGGAGAGUCUGAAGCCUUGUCUCAUGGACCUUCACCAGACCUACCUCAGAGCACCACAGCAUGCACAACAGUCAAUAAGAGAAAAAUACAAAAAUUCAAAGUAUCAUGGUGUUUCUCUCCUCAACCCCCCAGAGACACUAAAUGUGUGACAGUGAAGACUGCCCUUGUUCAAUCCCUUGGAGUGUAUGGUGUACAGUUUUUACUUUAGGUUUUAAUUUUGCAAUCAUUUCUGAAUAUAGAAAUUAUGGCCACGGACAAAUUAUGGUAUCUAUUCCUUUUUAAAUGGUUUUAAUUUGUAUAUCUUUUGUACAUGUAUCCACCUUAGAUAUUUGGCUAAUUUUAAGUGGUUAAAGUAUUAAUGAUGCCAGCUAUCAGGACAAGAAUUAAUAAACAUAUUUGGAAAUCUUGAUUUCUGUAA